UGCUAGGUUAUUGAACGGCUCUACUUUAGGCUUCCUCUUUCCUCUCGUUUAAGAUUCUAUGGAGAUGGAAAAAAUUAGGGAAUGUAUGGAGGAGAAACUAAAUCUGGAGGUAAUAGGGGCAGGCCUUUGCAGAACUGGCACGUCAUCUUUGAGAGAGGCUCUCAAAAUUUUAGGGUUUCACUGUUACCAUUAUACCGAAAUGAAAAAGAAUAAUCAAAUCAACCCAUGGCUCGAUAUUUUAUCUGGGAAGUCAGAAGGUUGGAAGAGUAUAUUUAGUGGGUACACAGCAACAGUGAGCUGCCCAUCUGUAACAGUGUAUCGCAAAUUGAUGGAAUUGUGUCCUGAGGCAAAGAUAAUCCUUACUGUGCGUGACACACAAAUGUGGUAUCAGAGUGUAAAUGAUACUGUUUACAGUGCUCGCAAUGAAUCCGGUGAUAAAUCUACAUCAGAGGAAGUCCUGAGUAGGUUGACAAUGUGAGAAGGUAUGUUCGAUGGAAGGUUCGAAGGGAGAGAAUACGCCAUGAGUGUGUUUGAGGCACAUAUGGAAUCUGUGAAGAAGUAUGUGCCUUCUCAUAAAUUACUCGUAUUCAAUGUAAAGGAAGGAUGGGUUCCUCUCUGCAAUUUCUUGGGCGUUCCUCUGCCUCCAGCUGGUACACCGUUUCCUCACGUAAAUAGUACAGCAGAAAUCAUUGAACGUAAAUCUAAACAAACUAUAGUAUUAUAGAUGUAGAAAAGCUUGUAAGGGGGUUUUAACAAACAUAAUGUGGAUGGGCUGCCACAUUUCAUUAUCUAUAUUUUUUUUUAUAUGUGGGAGUGGGGUUAGUAAUUGUAUGGGUUAACUUUGCAGGUAUGUAGUGGCCGUAUG